GCCUGCAUGCUGUGCUCAUAAAAAUCUGCACCGGUGGUGACCCACUGGCUGUUGCCACUGCUGAAAUGAAUGUUAGACUGGUGUGUCCACAGCUGUGGGCCUCCUCUCCCUGAUGUCUGACAGAGGUCCCACUCAGAGAGGAGAGCUGUCCAAAGGGCUGUGUAACAGUGCCUUUGCUCCUGCUGCAACAGUGAUGCUAGGUCUUCAUAGCUGCAGCUGUGCUCCUGCUUAUUCUCUUUUCUCCCUUUUUAUUUCUUUGGAUGUUCCCCAUCUGAGGUUGAGCUUUUUGGGGGCAUCACAUCAGGUUGAGCUUUUUGGGGGCUUUUCUGCCAGUGUUUCGAAAGGUGUGAGUUACAAAUGCUGUCUCCAGUGCUAUUUCUCACUCCUUUGGAGGUGAGGAAGGAACUCUUCAGCCUGUCUGUUGUUUGGUGCUCGCUCUCCUUCAAUUGGUGAGGCUCCUACACAUUAUGGGACACUGAACCAGAUCAGUGCUCUGGGACUUGAUGUUAUUUGUGCAAUCAGUAUCUCAGAAAUACUGUAUUAAAAGUUUAACCAUAAACUUUUAAUGUGAGCGGUGUUGGUGGUAGGUUGCUGUCUAACACUAUGGAAGCCUAUGAGAAAUGGUGGGAGAUCUCUAUGAACUGCUGGAUUUCAGCUAUGGCAAUGGUGUGUUUACAAAUCCACACCAACAGUGCUCUCAUUAGACAUUUGGCCUUGGAGUAGCUUUUGGCCUGGCCUGUGGUGUCUGAGGGGGGGAGCAAGUACUGAGCCAUCAUGGACAGGUCCAGCUAAGAACUCAGAUCAAUAGGCCAUUCUGGACAUCCACCUGCAGGCUCGGUUCUGUGACCAGCAAGAAAGCCUGAGGUGAAGCCAGGCUCCAGACCAGCAGGGGAUAGUCCCUCCCCCCACCACAUGCCUUGCCUCCUCCUUGAAAUUCAUGUCUGGAUGGGUUGAACAUCAGUGAUACCGUGAGAAAUUCAGUUACAUGCAAUGGAUAUUCCUCCUGAUUAAGUCUCGUUUGUGAAAUUCUCUCUUAUAGCCAUCUAGAAGGAAAUCAAGAGUCGCUGUACAGUUGGAGAACUGAAAGGUAGACUUCAGAGACCUCUUUCUUCUCCUGUGUAGGGUUCACCAAGCCCCAGUCAUGGUCUGCAUCUGGAUGGUAUAGACCUCAGAACAGUAUUGCUUGUAGUGAACCUGCUACAUUCAUCCCUUAUGAUUGUGCCAGUGUCUCACUCUGUGCCUAUGCGAGGUGAUGGACAGCAGAUCAGAGAUGGAGGUUGUGAGAACCACGAAGGGAAAUGCUGCUGGGGAGGUCAGUGUUCAUGUGGUCACCACUGAGAGCACUGUGCAGAACACCCACCUGCCAACGACUGCCUUCAUCUUACCAGCAAAUGCUACUACCAUCAACCUUCCUCCAAGCACCUUAGAAAUCCAGCGAUUCCCCAGGGAGCCACCAAAAAACACAGGGGCUGAGAGGCCAGAGAAGGGAGUAGGGAAUGAACCCAUCACAGCCACUGUCAUCCCCCAGAUCAGUGGGGUGCAGACCUGCAACACGGUUCGUGUACUGGAGUGGAAAGAUGGGGUAGCUACUUUGCCUGGGAGUAACCUGCGGUUUCAAAUAAAUGAGUAUGGAACACUGAAGGUAGUGAGUGCUGACAAGAUGCCUCCAGCAGAAGCUAUAAAGGAGGGUCAUGCGAAGAAAGAUGGGGACUCAGAUGUGGCACCCACUAGCAGGGACAAUACUAUUGUUGCUCAGGAUAUGCCAGAGCAACCCAAACUGCCUACAGCAGAUAGCAUUUGCCACUGUGAUACCUGUGGCCGGAGACAUGUGUCAGAUGGAGCCCGGGAAGGCAGGGGUUUCUGCAGUGAGCAUUGUCACCAGCAGUUCAAAGAAAGGUCUGUCAUUGUGGAAAACUCUGCCAGUAGUACCAGUGCCCCUGAAAUCCUCAAGCCAGUGAAGAAACGAAAGAGGAAGGACUACCAGAGCCCUUCAGAAGAAGACUAUGAAUCUGAGCAAAUGGAGGAAAAGCAGGAAGAGCUGAAAAACUCUGUGGGAGACUCUGCCAUCAGCAAUCCAGAGGCUGACGCUUGGAGCCAGCAUAGUACAGAGGGGCCAGGUGCCAGCGAGGAGAAGAAAGAAGGCUGGUCUUGGGCGUCCUACCUGGAGGAGCAGAAAGCUGUCGCUGCCCCUUUAGAUCUCUUCCAGGAUUACCAAAUAGCUUCCCAGCACAAGAAUGGCUUUAAAGUGGGGAUGAAGCUGGAGGGAAUUGAUCCACAGCACCCAUCCAUGUACUUUAUCCUGACAGUGGCUGAGGUAUGUGGUUAUCGGAUGCGUCUCCACUUCGACGGCUACUCUGAGUGCCAUGAUUUCUGGCUGAAUGCUGACUCCCCUGACAUCCACCCUGCUGGCUGGUUUGAAGAAACGGGACAUAAACUCCAGCCUCCGAAAGGGGUUUUAGGUUAUAAGGAAGAAGAAUUCAGCUGGACAAACUACCUGAAGAUAACAAAGGCUCAGGCAGCUCCUAAGCACCUCUUCCUGAUCCGAAACACUCAUGAGGCUCCUCCAGGCUUUGAGGUGGGCAUGAAGCUUGAGGCUGUGGACCGCAUGAAUCCUUCCCUGAUCUGUGUUGCCACAGUGACUGAUGUGGUGGAUGAUCGCUUUUUGGUGCACUUUGACAACUGGGAUGAUACUUAUGACUACUGGUGUGACCCCAGCAGUCCAUACAUUCACCCAGUCGGAUGGUGUCAGGAGCAUGGCAAACCCCUCACACCUCCUCAAGAUUAUCCUGACCCUGAUAACUUCAUCUGGGAAAAGUACUUAAAAGAAACAGGAGCAUCUGCUGUUCCAGCUUGGGCCUUUAAAGUGCGCCCGCCCCAUGGCUUCCUAGUCAACAUGAAGCUGGAGGCAGUGGACAGGAGGACUCCUUCCUUCAUCCGAGUGGCCAGUGUGGAGGAUGUGGAAGAUCACAGGAUAAAAAUCCAUUUUGACGGCUGGAGCCACGUAUAUGAUUUCUGGAUUGAUGCAGAUCAUCCAGACAUACAUCCCAUAGGCUGGUGCUCAAAAACUGGUCAUCCACUGCAGCCUCCUCUUAGGCCAAAGGAACCAGCUUCCUCUGCUCACGCAAGCUGUCCAACUCUGGGCUGCAAGAACAUUCCUCAUUCCAAGAGCUCCAAGUACAGUUUUCACCACAGGAAGUGCCCCACGCCGGGCUGUGAUGGAUCAGGACAUGUGACAGGGAGAUUCACAGCACACUACUGCCUCUCAGGGUGCCCUCUGGCAGAGAAGAACCAGGGCAGGCUUAAGGCAGACUUGUCUGAUACUGAGGCCUCAACUCGCAAGAGGAACCUGAUUGGCUUCUCUCAGCGGAAGAAAUCUCGGCACCAUGGGAGAGGGCGACCUCCAAAGUACCGGAAGAUCCAGCAGGAAGAUUUCCAGACUAUUUCUUCAGACAACAUGCACCAGUCACUCUUCAUGUCUGCCCUGUCUGCCCAUCCUGACCGCUCUCUAUCUCUAUGUUGGGAGCAGCACUGCAAACUCCUACCAGGAGUGGCUGGCAUCACAGCAACCACAGUAGCCAAAUGGACAACUGAUGAGGUCUUUAGCUUUGUUCAAACUCUGACGGGUUGUGAGGACCAAGCCAAGCUCUUCAAAGAUGAGAUGAUUGAUGGUGAAGCAUUCCUCUUGCUGACUCAGGCUGACAUUGUCAAGAUUAUGAGUGUUAAGCUGGGCCCUGCUCUCAAGAUCUACAAUGCCAUCCUCAUGUUCAAGAAUGCCGAUGACACCUUAAAGUGACUUUUCUUGGCCCCACUGGGACCUUCCUUCAGCACUGGUGCUGCCAAACUGCCUGGCCAGGACAGAGACCUCCCUGAGUGCCCGCGGCUUGUCGUGUCCUGCAGCAUCUCCUGCAGUCUGUCUCCUGUCCUCUCCCUCAGUCUCCUUGCCACCUCUCUGCUCCAGCAUUGGGCACAGGCUAACCACAGUCUGCAGAGAUAGGGGUUGAAUGUUGGACUGCCUUAUUGCAAAAACUGCCCCAAUACCCGGCUGUGACUGCACGACAUUUGGGGUGUGAUUAAGGAUGAGGGAGUGGUGUGGAGGCUGUAACUGAUGGAGGUUGACACCUCAGCUUAAGCCGCUGAGAUAAGGGAAAGGACUGACUGACUGUGUACAUGCUUGCAGGCUUGUCUUUGUUCAACAACUGGGAGAGAUUUUUGUUCUUUUUUUCAUCUCUGUAUGUUGCUCUCCGAGGGAUUAGGUGCUCUAGAGGAGCUUCUGCUCUCUUUGCCGUCUUCAAUUCUUGUGACUCAAGGCUAGAUGAUAACUUUGCUUUGUCCCUUCACUGUGCUGGGAAGCAGUGGCCUCAUCUCUUGCUCCUUCUGGCAGUGUGUCCUGGCUGCAGCUCUGCCUAUGACCGUCUGUGUUUUGUUCUUUACGGAGAAGCCUGUUGGGACUAGGGCUGGGUGACGGUAGAGCAAGCUCCAUUUCCUCUUGUGCAAGCUGUCUUUGCCAGCAUGUCUGUGGGAGAGAGUGGUUGGUUAAAUUGUACCCCUUUCAGCAGUUAAAAGAGUCCUGUGCAAGGGAGAAUCAAGCCUACUUUGGUCUGUGUAUUAUGGGCAAAGCCCUUUCUAGAAAUUAAGCAGCUGAGAAAGGUAAAAAAUAUCCACAGACAGAAUGAGGGCUCGGCUCCAAAGGCAUUCUUGGCCUCUCUAAAUCAGUUCUGCCAAGCUGCCUUCUCCCCAUUUUGCCCUUGUGUGGUCCCUGGGCAUUCCUGUAUGAGGAGCAGGAUCCCUUGCUGUCCCUGGAUUUCUUCCCUUCAAAACCAAGAGGCAGUUGUUUUUUUUUAUUUUUUCCCCUCCUAUAUUUUUACUAAUAUAUGACUUUUCCAGCAAGAAUGUGUGCACUUUGGAAGCGCUGGUUCUCCCCUGUAACAGAGUCGUGUUCUGGAAGAAGACCUUUUCUUCAGAUAUUCCAUGUGUCCCCUGCUCCUGGGGAUGAAGCCCUGCAGCACCCACAUGGCACUCACUGUACUCUGCCAUCCUUAUGUGCACAGCUGCUGCAGGUGUUGUUGGAGCAGCGGAGUGGCAGUGCUGUGCUGCAGGGCAGCCACACACCCCAAGGAGUCUCCAUAGGCUACAGUGAUGUGACCCAAGUCCCACACUCAACUUUCUUUCCCAUUCCCAAGAAUGACAAACCAGUAUCAAAAUAUGUUUUCCCCCUUUCCCAGUGUCCAAAGACAGAGAUGAGGUGUCUUAGCAAGUGCACCAGCAAUGUGUGGAGCAGAACCGCCUUGGGAGCCACUGUCACACCUGAGUUGAUCUGUUUUAGGCUUCCCAUGGAAAUGUAGCAUUUUGACUCUUCGUUAGUAAAUCUUUGAGGUUGCAUUUGACCUGCUGUUGCAAUGUCUGCUGCUUGCUCUUCAUGCAGCUAGUCCAUGUAUUUGUUUAUGUAGUCAGUGCUAGGGUUUGAUCUAGACAGCUCCGUCAUCUUUUCAAGAGCUGCACCAUGGUCGGCUGUGGAGAGAGGGUGAGUGGGAGGGGACACCUGUGUCCCACAGUGGCUCCUCCAGUCAGUGAAGGUCCUGAAAUUGGUCUCUUCAGCUAAUAGGGAGCUUUCCUCAGCUACCGUGUGUUUAGAAAGAGGAAGAGCAGUCCCAGGACCUUCAGCUGUGAGACUUCAUGCAGACCACGCUGAGACAUCUGCAGGUGUAGUCUGGGAUGGAACGGCUCCUGUUUGGCUCUUGUUACCCACGUGCAGCAUGUGGUUAUUGAGCUUAUAAGGGAGCAACAUAGGAAAGAAUCCUGUUCUCAUCUACUACCUAAUGCUAAGUCAUUCCUCCUCACGGGGAUGUGACUAAGCAUUGGUCCUGGGUACUAGGAGAGGAAUGUCAGAUCUGAAACCAGUGUGAAUGAUGGACAGCCUUGUUUAACACAGGGCUGCUCUGCAGUGCAGAGGUGCUUGUGAGUUCAGAAGAUACCUGCUGAAGGAGAACUGCAGAGGUGUGUGCUCCAGACUGUGCCAGCCUUUGGCAUCAGCAGGAAGCUCUGCCCAUGCAAUACUCCCCUCCUGGCUUCUUUUGACCUCCCUGUAAGGUCUGGUGGCACAGCUUGAUCCCAGGUCCCUGCUGGGCUGUUACUCUGCCCCGGGAGCAGCUGCCAGGAAAACCAGUGCCACUGGGAAGGUGACGUGUGCAGUGAUGGUCUCUGUCACUCACUUGCCUGCUGUCUUGAGCAUCAGUCCAUCAGCCUCCCAGGCUGACUCCUCUCAGCCCUCUGGGUACAAAUCUGGUGCAGUGGUGCACUUAAGUGAGAGACUUACAGGGUCUGCAGAUUGUUAAGGGCUAUUUGCUGUUUAAAGCCUAGAAGCUGUUUCUGAUUCCUUUAAACCAAACCCAAAGCAUCGUGUGUGUGUGUGUGUGGAUAGGUGUUUGUGGGUACCAGCGUGGGGAAAUCACAGAACAAUGUCCUACACUGUUGGUGUGACACUGUUUAAUUGUGGUGGUCUCAGGCCGCGGAGGUGGCCCAGGGUCUCUUGCAAUGCAUUCUCCAUUAGCAGAAGUUGUCACUGGUCCCAAGAGGGAAGCCGGGGAGAAAAAGGUUUUUCUGCACCUCUAAAUGUAGCAAGUCCUCUGCCUCUGUAGAGCAUUGCAUGGAAGCCCCUUUCAGGGAGCAUCAGGACCAGGGCAGAAGGACCAGAGUUUCUUUUCCUUAUCACCAGACCAUGUGAGUUGUCCCACCACACACUUUGGCAACUUCUGGGGUGACUGGUCCACUGGUGACACUGUGUACAUGGGCACAGUUGGAGCCUCUUGAGAAGGUGAUUCUCCUUUGUGGAAACGGUCAGCAUUGUGAUGGGGUGAGGCUGAAAUCUCUGUUUCUUUGAGAGCAGCCAACCUGAAGCUGCUUCGUAGUGAGGAGGGUGACUGUGUCUGCCCUAUGGGAGAACAAGUUCUCUGGGAAGGUUUACGGCUGCAGAGGCAGAUCUGGGGACUUGUGUGCAAUGAAAGAAGCUGGAGGAGAAGAGGGAGCCAUGAGAUAAUGCGACUUGAUAACUGCUCUUCUAUUCCUGCUCCUUAACCUCUUGGGGAGGGACUGCUUGAUCCAUAGGACUGGAACAUAACAGGGCUACAGCCGAGCUCCAUCCCUGCAACCCAUCUAUUCCUUGUUGGCGGGAGGAAAAGGGGGAAUAUGUGGAAGGAGCACGAUAUGAUAAUAGACAUUUUGCACUUUCAUUCAUUUUGCACUCGUUUUUAUUUAUAUUAUAUAGAUUUUGUUUUUAAUUUUUUUUUUUUUUUUUUGCUAUUUGCACAUCCCCUUGGUUUUUCAUAACAAAACUCUUUCCGUUGUAGCCAGUGAAGCUAUUCCAAAAUUUGUGUCCUGACUAUCCAGAAGUUUAAAGGUUUUAUAUAUAUAAAUUUAUAUCUACACCAAAUAAAUUUAUAUAUAUAGAUCACGGUGUGAUGUGUUCUGUCAGUGCUUUAAAACAAUAAAUGAUGUGAGCAAUGGA